CUUAAUCUUCUUAGAGCGUAGCAGGACAACAGUCAGACCAGCGCACGCCACUGCCCAGGCCAGCCGCUGCCCGCACAUUCCACACCGCGCCGCGCCCUGGUACGUUCACCAUGGCGACUCUCCUCAGACCACUGCUGUUGACCCUUUUCCUGCUCGGUAUCGCCACCUGGUCAGGUACGGACGCCUUCUCACUGCUGGACUUGUUCGGCGACACAACCGGGUCACCCACACCCACGGAACAAACACCUCUUCCUCCUGAGAGAGCCCACCAGCACAACCACAGUCACACCCAUCACCACCACGGCCACCACACCACAAAGAACCAUCACGCCCAGCACAACCACAACCCACACGGUGAUGAUGAUGAUAACCGGACCAACCACAACCACCACAGCCACCACAAACACCACCAUGGCCAAAAGCAUGACCAGUCCCAUGCUCAGGCGCAUGACCAGCCCAUUGAAGGCAGACAGGAGCCGUCUGUAGCGUCUCACAGCAUCCUGGGCUACAAAUUCGACAAGCCGCUGAGUCUGGACGAGCGGCGGCAGCAGAACGAGUGGUCAGGCACCAACAAGAAGCUCCGCAAACACCACCACGGCCACCACGACCGCCAUAACUCCGACCAUGGCUACAUCAAUCCCUACUACAAUCAAAUAAGCCCUUAUCACACGAGUCCCGACCAGCACAUGAACCCCUACCUCGACCAUAACAGCCCCCACAACACACCCCACCACCAGCGCGGCAGCCACAAGUACUACAGCCGCACCAGCCCUACACACCCCGGUCACAAGCACUCGGCACACCACCAUCACGCCCACAGCCUCUCCCCUCUCUCCCCAUACUUGCACUACCCUCCUCCUCCUCCUGCACCUGUCAUGCCGUCAUCAAAAACAAGACGUAUGCCAUCACCUCUGGCCAAUCUGCUUCCUCCACCACCACCACCACUACCGCCAUCUGCCAAAUGCCCCAUGCUGUACUCAAGAGUCGGCCACCGCUGCGUCGCCAUCUUCAGCGUUGCUCGAAUGACUUGGAGGGACGCCCAGCACUUCUGUGACGGGAUCUUCGGGGACCUCAUUACCUUCACCGACUACGACUUCAAGUAUAUGGUGAACUUCCUCAAGGAGAAAGGUCUGAGUUCUCCCUUGUGGGUUGGAGGCCACGCCACGCCCCUGGGCUGGCUCUGGAUAAGUCAGCAGAGACACAUGACGCUGGGUACACCUUUCUGGGCCGUCAGAACAAAAGACAGCACCAACUCCAUAAACGUCCAGGCUCCCACUGCCAACCUUGCAGAGUACGAUCAAUGGUGCGCGGCGAUGGACCCCGAGGACUUCUACUACCUUAGCGACGCCAAGUGUGAGGAGAAGCGAGCGCCGGUGUGUGAGCUGCGGCGAGGGAUUGAAGUGAUGGUAGCGCGCCCAGGGACAAACUACUACCCAGCGUUAGAAGACAGGGCGUGGAUGAAGAUGGGAAGAUGUAGCGGCGAGGAGGCCAAGGAGGAAGGGAUGGAAGAAGCUAAUGAGGAGGACAGCAGCAGCAGCAGUAGUAGUAGUGAGAGUAAUAGUGAGAGUAGCGAGGAUGAGGAGGUGGAAGAGGAAAAGGAACAGGAGGGCGAAGACGGGAAGGAGGAAGAGAUAAAGAAAGAGGAGAGUGAGGAGGAAGAGGAGAAAGAGGAAGAGGGGGAUGAAGGGAUAAAGCAGGAGGGGAACAGUUACUUCCUACCUGAGGACCACGAUGCUGUGUUAAGUCUGUUCAUCGAGUGA